AUGUCACGCCGUGUUUGUCCGGCUCCUCGCCGAAGCGGCGGGAGCCGCCGUGUCUCGUCCUCGUCCGCAAGGCCUCUGCUUUGGCUGCUCUGCGCCGUCGCGGCCGUAUGUUUUUGUCCCGCAGCAGCCCUGGCAAGUGUGGCGGAGAUUGCCGCUUACUUCGACGCCAUACGCGAAGCCAACGCGGGGAUCUUCGCGGGUGCCGUCGUCACGUGGGACGGGAACGGCAUUGACGCCGGCGCGACCACGGCGCUCGGCAACCAGGCGGUGGUUGGCAAAACGAUUCCAAUGAACCCCGCCGCGAGCUUCCGCACAAACUCUUUGUCAGAGCUGUUUGUGGACAUGACGGUGGCGCACUUGGAGAGCGCGAAUUUGCUGCCCUUCCUGCGCAAGCAGGCCAUUCCCCCAAAAUUUUUGCCGCCGCCGUACGAUACGGCAGCGUUUCAAAAUCCGCUCUUCCCUGCCGCUGUUGUCUCGCUCGACACGUUGCUGCUGCACACCUCUUCACUCACCGAGGCAGGGUUUGAGAGUGGGGCGGCGCAAACGCCUGCAACGGUGAUAGAGAACACCGCCUUCAUCGAAAGCGUCUUUUCCAAGGCACAGAAUGGCGUCCUGUGGGGCAUAGUGGAGCCGGGGCUUGGAAGCAGCUACUGCCACUCUCGACUCAACACGGCGUUGGUGACGUACAUUCUCGACAAGGUCCUCGCGGCGAGGAACCCGCCGGUAUCUGUCGCGACGUUUAUACAAAAUACGUUUAUUUCCCCGAUGGGGCUCAGUGGCACAUUCCUUCUUGAUCACGAGGGUAACGUAUCGGCGCCUGCCUAUCCCACCGGCGGCGCCGUGUCUCUGGCGGGACGCGCCGUGCAGGAUGUCACGGCUGAUGGUAGCAAGGUAUCGCCGUCCGUCACCAUCCACGCCGCCUACACCGCCGACUACAUGUACUACACCACCACACUAGACCUUGCGAAACUGGCGUACGAGCUCUUCCUUGGUGGCCACUACACCGUCGUUGGGGAGGCCUUGAAAACUGGCGCUGUCCGUAUCGACAGUGGGAAAGGCGCUGGACCCGGCGUCGUCUCGCGCUCGCUCGGUGUGUACGGCUUUGACCCAGCACUUCUUUGUGAGGAGGUGCAGAUGAACCGCACCUGUGACUUUGGCGAUGCCGUGCAACUCUACGGCUGGGCGGUGACUGGGGACCGUAAUCAAGUCACACUGCUCUGCCGUGAGGACAAGUGCGUGGCUGCCGAAGUAAGCUACUUCAAGACGAAUACCUUUCUACACCCUUACGGUUUAGGGCUCGCCAUGACUCCGCUCAUUCAAAGUGGAAGGUCGCACCUGCCUCAGGGCGGUGAACUUCACGCCUUCUACGUCUUUAUCGGUGUCAUGGCAACACUUAUCGUGGUCGUCCUAGCGAGCUACAUUGUGGACUACAUGGUGCAACUAGCCCCGGCGACGGCGUCCAUCCCAGUGAACAAAUCAAACACCACGCCGCUACCGAUGAAUGGUUCAGGGCCGGGAUACACACCCAUGCCACCGCGCGAGCAGACAAGCUACGCCACACUGGGGAUUUCCUCGCCUGUGCGACGCUUAGACAUGUACGAGUAG